AGACUAAUUUUACAAAAAUAGUGGAAAUGAUUGUAAUCCACUGUUUGUCUGCCACUGCUUAUGUUUCCAUGCUGCUGUCUCUAGUGAAGCAUGUGAACGUGUGCUGGCAUAUUGUCACUGCCACACAAAGGAGAGCAGGAGGCCACUAGUGCUGCGCCUCCACCCGUCUUUCAUUACCUUUCUGUCUCACUGGCUCUGACCCCCUCCUCCUUUCUCCCCAACAGCUAUGAUGUGCAGCUGGCUGCUGCUCAGGUGUCACUUUUGUGCUUUGGGAGGAGACAGCAGGUGCACGUUUGUAAUUGUAGCUAUGAGAGUAUGCUUGAAGUUGGGAGAUGGUGAAAUAUUGGGAUCCAAGAAGCUCCAGGGAAGCAGUUUUUCUGCUGUGCUCUCUUAGGCGCCAGUAAUGACUCUUCAUCCUGCCAUCCUGGCAGCUAGAUCGGGAGACCUUUCCACCCUGAGGGAGCUGGCAUCUUCUGGUCACCUGUCAUCUUCCAUCAGUGAUGCACAAGGUGCUGGCCCCGUGCACCAUGCAGCACGAUGUGGACGUCUGGAAUGCCUGCGCCUUUUAGUGAGUGAGUUUGGGCUGGCGGGUGAAGCCCGGGCUUUGAACAGAGCCACACCAGCUCAUGAUGCAGCAGCUACAGGUCAUAUUCGAGAGCUGCAGUGGCUGGUGGAACAAGGUGGCUGUAAGACUUAUGAUAGGGAUGCUGGUGGUGCCACUGUACUCCACCUGGCAGCGCGGUUUGGUUGUGUGGAGAUCAUAAAGUGGCUGCUUUCUGUUGGAGGAGUGGCUGAGGUGGAGACAGACUGUGGAGCUGUACCUGCUCACUAUUCUGCUGCCAGCGGGGACCUCACCUGUUUAAAACUUCUUGUUCAACAAGCACCUGGGUGUGUGAACCACCAAACAGGCAUCGGUGCAACGCCUCUGUACCUGGCAUGUCAGGAGGGACACCUGCACGUGGUGGAGUACCUUGUCAAGGACUGCAAUGCUGACGUCCACCUCAGGGCCAAUGAUGGCAUGACCUGUCUGCAUGCUGCAGCCCACAUGGGUCACCACGCUCUGGUGCAUUGGCUGGUGACUUCUACAGAUGUUAGCCUGUUGUGCCAGGACAGAGAUGGUGCAACUGCUCUGCACUUUGCUGCCAGCAGGGGGCAUUAUUGUAUCUUGGAGAUCCUGCUUCACAUGGGUUCAAAGGUUGUGAAGGAUUACUGGGGAGGAACUCCUCUUCAUGAUGCUGCAGAGAAUGGAGAGCUGGAGUGCUGUAAAUUGUUGUUGGCCUAUCAUUCAAACCCUUCAGACAGAGAUAUUGAUGGGUUCACUGCAGCAGACCUGGCAGAGUACCACGGUCACUCUGAGUGUGCCAAAUACCUCCGUGCCACAGAGGAACAUACACUGUGUGGACAUAACACCAGUGAGGUGAUUAUUUCAGCGGAGGAGGAAGUAAAGGUAAAGCCAGCUGUAUCGUGGCAGUGCGACUGGAAGGACGACUACUACGGGUGCCUGAGUGGCUCAUGCAUAGACAGUCCCAGCAGUGACACUCCCAUGGAUCACUUAAAGCAACCACAAAGCGAGGAGGUGCCCCAGGCCAGAUACCCUAAACCCUCUCCUGCACCUCCUCUGCCCUGCGGUUCAUCUCCAGCCAACAAAACAGCCAAGCCAUUGAAAACUGCUGUCACUAGAAUACAACAGGUCCAAAUGGCAACAUCUGGUUUCAGUCAGCGCAAAGCUCCAGAGACUGAGGUGAAAGUCCACGCAGAGAAGAAGAUUUUGCCAGAUGCAAACCUUCUUGGCAACAUGAAGUCAAUUACAUCUUUGAAGCAAUCAGGAAUAUCUGGUGCCUUCACUGGACAAGCCAAUAAAAUGGUUGUCUUGCCAACUGAGGAGGCCAACCUGUCCGAUAUUGACUAUCUGGUGCCCACCCACGAUGAGAAAGGUCGUCCCAUUGCUGAGUGGAAGAGGCAAGUCAUGGUUCGGCAGCUGCAGGCCAGGUUGUUGGACGAGGAGGAUCAGAGAAGAAAGGAAAAUGGGAGUAGAUACAGCAACGUAAACUGGAGGUAUUCUCAAGCUCACAAUGCCAUCCUCGGACCCUCUGGUGAGCUGCUGACUGAGGAUGACCUCAUCUACCUGGAAAAGCAAAUUGCCAAUGUUUCCAUGCAGAGGAAUUGUGAAGGAUAUGAGCUGGAACUUGCUCGUCUUGCUGAGGAGCUCAGGCACAUCCUUCCAGCCCCCAUCGUGAAUAUCACUGUCAAUACUCAGUUCAGAAACUUUACAAGUCAGGUUCCUCUACCUCUGUGGUGCAGCCGUAUCUCUAACAUUGUGAAGAGCAUGGCUCUCCUAAUGACCAACCUUUCAGACCAGCCCUACUGCAAGAUGCCCAACACCGAACUAAUCAGUGUUUUUUCUCAAACACCAGAGAGACAAAAUUCUACUAGAGGGCGCAGGGAGAGGAUAAAAGAUGAAAUUCAUCAGUUUGGCGUGUCUGUGAGGACUCUGAAGUCAAAUUUUGAGAGUCAGAACUCACCUUUGACAGAUGUUGCACAUAACUCUCUCUUAUUAAGUUCUUCCACACAGCUUGAGGAUGGAAAGUCUGACCAACAGUGGAACAGUUCAGAUCCAGCCCUAGAAACAGACCACAGUAGUCACUGUGGUACUGAAUAUGAUGCAAAAUUAGACAACGUACUUGAGACCACAAGCCUUAGAAAAGAGCGUAUAGUUGUGCUGUUCUUAGGCCACUGGAAGAAAUCAGCCUACAGUGUGACUGUGAAAAGCAAAAGUUCAGCAGAGAGGAAGAGCAGCAACCCAGUGAUGGCUGACAACUCUGGACCAAAUUGUACAGGCAGCAUGGAGAGUGCCCAGUCCAAGAUGAUGAACAGUUCCUUGGGACAUUUCUUCAAGCAGAGAAGUGCUGUCAACAAGAUGUUGGGAAAUUGGAGAAGUAUGAUCUCCAGUGUCCCAUCCAGACAGAUCCGCAGGCUCCACAGGCAGCAGACACUCUACUCUCCAGAGCAGUUCCUGCCUCGUAUUGAUGGAGUACCAGUGGAUUAUGAUAACCUGACCCUAGAUCUCUUCAUGCUGGGGUACUUUCACAUCCUGGAACUGGAGCUGCCUGUGGAUGAGCGUAAAAUGAGGCACCUGCUGUGUUUUGAGGUGUUUGACCACAUUGGGAGCUUUCCCUGGGAGCUGGUCAGAGACUUUCAUAAAGCUGUCAUACAGGACAUUGAGGCUGGAAACCGAGAGUGGAAGGAUGGCUUUGAGGACAUCAAACUCAAGUUCUUUGGGAAUGCAGUGAGUUACUCUGAAUGUACGCCAGAUGUGGAGAAGCACAGCCUUCCAGAAAUUAGACAAGUCCCUAAAGUCAUUGUUCAGACACCAACCCCUGAUGAGGGGAUGAUGUACCCUGGAACUGACAUCUCCAGUUUCAGUAAUGAAGAGAUUUGUAAAUACAUUGAUCGUAGUUUUGCUUUUUGGAAGGAGAAAGAGGCAGAGAUUUUUGAUUUUGAGUAGUUAGUUGUCAUUU